ACGUACAGCGACAGCGCGACGUACAUACACGCGCGCGUACGCGGAGAGAGGCCGGUCGGAGCAAAAAACCGUCGACGGGAAAAGGCAGGUAGGAGGGAAAUGAGGUGUCCGAGCGCGAGCGAAAGUAAGUAGGCGGUCCUCCGGCUUCCACGUGAGCGUUGACGCCAUCGGGACCGUCGCGUUUCACUCUCGCUUUCGACGAUGGACGACAACAGCGCGGCGAGGUUAGCUGCGGACAGCUAUGAAAUGGUCAAGGCUCUGUACGACUUCAAGGCCACGUUUGCGAAGACCCUCAGCUUCCGGGAGGGUGAAUAUUUCAUCCUGCUGCAGCGUAACGUCAAGCAGAAAAACUGGUGGCAGGUUGUGAACAGAGGGGGACGCCUGGGUUACAUACCAUCCAAUUACAUUGCUUCCGUCAAGGCGCAACCCCAGUUCCUGAUUGACUUUUUGGAAGAUUGUAUACUGACGCUGGAAACGGAAAUUAAGAAGGACAGCGACGCGGCGCAGCCCGACAAGCACGAUCUCCUGGCGAAGCUGAUGGAGAGGAAGAGGCAGGUGGAGCUGAGCAAGAAGUCCAAAAGACAAGCGCCCAAGCCACCGGAGUUGGAUUGCGGCAUUAUAUCUAAAGAGACGCAGUCCGCGACCGCUUGCGACAAUACGGAGACGGAUGUUAGAUCGGCGCCAAGCAAUGCUUCUUACGCAACGGCACAGACAACCCUUCACGGUAAUAACACUGAUCACGUUAAGGCGAGUGCGCAACGGCCGAAUGGAGAUGGGCAACGUGUGCAGUCGCUUCCGCGCCAGUCGUCUUCUGACAUUGUGCAGAAAGCUCAGCCGCCGAUCCCGGAGGUUCACAAAAGCUCCUCCCAAGGUAGCAUUCAAAAUGUGUGCAGCGACUCGCCAAUUAAAAGCAAUUCGCCCGCUAAGAACAGCUCGCCGAUUAAGAGCAAUUCCCUGCAAGCCAUUAACUCGCGAAGCGCUUACCAGCUGCUCGAUCAAGUACGCAAAAACACUCAACUUAGCCACGAAAUGUCGAAAGUAGCAGUCACGGUCGUAGUGUCCAGCCUGCAGCAGUUGCUGCCGGAAACCGUGAGACAUUAUCUCGACGCUUUGCUGCAUCAGCUACAAACGCCGUUGACCGUGUCAAAAAUGAGUAUAGAAGAGACUUACGACGCGAAUAGGUUGAAAAUUAUUUUUACCGAACUGACUUCGUGCAAGGAAGAUUCACAGCAAAGAAGUUGGAUGCUCUACGAAGAUGAAUCCAUUAUUGUGGAAUACAUCAAAGAAUUGACCGAAAUAUUGACUAAUGCCGAUGCAAAUGUAUCGAGAUAUGUGUUAAGGCAAGAUCGGUACAAUGGCGUAACAAUAUUGAUACAAUACUAUCAGAUGGAAACGAGGUGGACCAUUAGACAACUAUUGCUGCAAUCAUUUGGCGUUAUGUGUAGUUUAGAUCCAGUGGUUCUAACCAUCAUGUUAAAUAGCAUUUUACCAAUGGAACUGGCGAGAGAUAUGAAGAGUAAUCCGAGGAAUGUAUUAAGAUUAAAUUAUUCUUCGUUAUUGCUUACAAUGAUUUUUUCAAUGGGUGAACCAAUGCCAGUUACGCAUUUGGAACAACUUGGUGCAGACUUCAUAUCAUUCUUGCUGGACCUAAUAGAAACACCACCCGAUACAGAUCUGGAAGAUCAAAUUCCAGACUUGUUCAUAAAUUUGAUAUUAUCUUAUAAUUUGCAAUUUACGACGUCUGAGAACAUCGUGCUAAAUGCCUUACGUGAGCGAACUGUGGCUAAGACUUUCACUGAAAAAAUUUUGUUCCUUUUUAACAGAGAAGAGGAUCCGGUACGAAUAUUUGAUCACGAACCACAACCACCGCACUCUGUGUUGAAACUCUUUGUCGAUUUGUUCAGUAAUGAUGCCAUAGCAAGUCUUUUCUACACUAAUGACGUGAAAGUUCUUAUUGAUAUUAUACUACGACAACUUUUCGACAUGUUUCCGGGUGAUAAGCGCAGACAAUAUUUGGAGCUUUGCCGCCGUGUUUUACGCACGUCCAAUUAUAAUGAGCAUCGUCAUCGAUCUGGAGAUUUAUUAAAAGGUUUUACAAGGAUAUUUUGCGAGGAAACGGCGGAGAGUCACGAAGACCAGCAAGUAGUACGCGAAAUUAGCAACGAAUUUCCACAUCUGUUCAGAAUGUGACAUUUAAUUCCCUCGUCUGAUCAAGAUUUGGACGACGAUGACUUGCAAACUCUUGUUUAAGUAGAUCUGAGAAUUUGUCGACGGUAAAGAGGAAUCAAAUUCAAGACAAAUUUCUUGAUAAUCCUUAUGGCUUUCCUAUAUUUCAUCUAGUAAAGGGAAACGCACACAGCUUAGCUGAAAUAACUAUAUGUUUUACGACUGCCAUAAAUGUCUUCAUUCUGUUGGUGCUACAAGACAUCACUCUUUGUGUAAGUGAGCUACUUAGAAGUAGGAAGAAUAUAUAAAAUUAUGAUAUAUACGUAACGUGAAAUAUAACGAGAAAUUCUUUCCAUUCGUAUUACGAGGACCAUUGAUAUUUGAAAGCAUUCCAACACUCGCAUAGUUAAAUUUUAUGAUAAUUAUUUACUAGUUAAUUGAUAGUAUUAUAAUAUAUAAGUAAAAUAAUUUAUAUACAUAGAGAUAUAUAUUGAGAUAAACUUUAAUAUAAACACAUACAGCUGAUACAUACAUCUCUGUGUGUAUUGUUAAAAGAGAUGGGCAAGUAAAAUUAAUUAUUAGUAUUGUUUCUCCAUAAAGUGUAGUCUAGUCCACGUCUAUAUACAUAUAUAUAUAUACAUAUAUGUCAGAACACAAUAUUCUAAGUCAUAGGAAUUAUAAAAAAUUCUAGCUUAUCAUAUUUUUCAUGGAUACCAAUACUUUUUUGUUAAAUACUGUUAGUUUGCGUUUUCAUCAUGAAAAAUUUCUAGAUAAAAAUUCGGACUUCUAAGACUUAUUAGGUGCCACUCUACAAUCUGUAAACUUGCUAGUCUAUAAUUAGCGACUAUAUUUUUUGAAGCAUGUUAUUCUACGUUAUGUUUGCAACUAUCAUGUCAAUUAUAAAGGAAUCUCAAAUUUAAUGUGAUUAUACCUGAAUGUUAAAUAAAUAAAAAGUUUAGCCCGUAACCAUCUUAUAAAAUGUUGCUCUUUCUCUUUUCUUCCACAGCUAAAAAAAGUUUAUCUAUAAAUCUAACUAUUCAAAUAAACUGCUAUCUAUAAAUCUAACUAUUCAAAUAAACUACAAUACAUUUAGAAUACGUUAAAUAUGAUUAUUUUUGGUAUUUUUACCUUAGUACUUUUAGUAGCAUGAAAAUUGUUAGAAGUCAUAAUCUAAAAAUAGAGGAUUUUAUUAUGUAUCACAUAUUCAAAACGGAAAAGAAAAAGUAUAUACUUAACUAAAACAUCUAGAGAAAUAAAUAUUCAAUUAUUUAAUUUCUCUAUAAAUACGUUAAUAAUUGUUAUUCAAAAUUACUGCACUAUGAUAACACACAAUAGGACGUGCUUUGUAUAUGAAAAUUAUUAAGUUUCAGUUGAAACAGAAUGAAAAAAUUGUUCAAGUAUAGGUAUCUGAAAAGAAAAGUUGAUCUUGGGCCAGGUGGAGAAGUAGUAGAAAUUUUCUGUUCGUAUAAACACGAGGAAAGUGAUGUUUUAUAUUGUUAAAUAACAGAAGAUAUGAGACUUUUAUCUUCGUUUUAUUACAACAAUUAUUAACAAUAUGUGUAUACUGAUUUCUUAAUGAAAAAGUUUCCAAACCUUAUGUAA